AUGAUGCCAAUAUUUGGAAAAUUGAAGAACAUCUUCAGUGCUGGUUCAUCUGGCAGCUCUGGGGAUGUGAAAAAGAAGCCUAACUUUCCACUAAUCAAACAGGAUGCGGACCCCAGUGAGUUUUGGGUGAAUGUUGGUGAACUUGGUGAUGGAGCCUUUGGAAAGGUUUACAAGGCCAAACACAAAGAGAAAAACCAGUUUGCAGCUUUAAAGCAAGUGGAGAUAACUCAGGAAUCCGAUUUAGAAGAUUAUAGUGUUGAGAUAGACAUCCUACACCAGUGCAAACACAAGAAUGUGGUUGGUCUCUAUGAGUCCUACCUCUUCAACAGCAAGUUGUGGAUGUACAUAGAAUUCUGUGAGCUUGGGGCCCUGGACAGUAUAAUGCUUGAACUGGAGAAACCCCUGACGGAGCAGCAGAUCCAGUACAUAUGCAGGGAGAUGACAGAGGGCCUCGACUUCCUACACCAGCAUUUUGUCAUUCACAGGGACCUGAAGGCCGGCAACGUGCUACUCACCAGCGAUGGCGGGGUCAGAUUAGCUGAUUUUGGUGUCUCGGCGAAGAACAGCAGUGCCAAGCAGAAGAGAGAUUCAUACAUAGGGACACCAUACUGGCCAGUUGAUUUUUAUUUUUAUUAUUAG